ACACCCCUCCAUCCCUCCUCCCCUCCCCCUGCCGCCAUGUUUGUCCGCCCCGUGCCUUCCCCUCCCUGACAGAUAACUCGGGCUGUGCACUUCAUGUUCCGCCAGGAAGGCAGCAGUGGUGGUGGCGGUGUGCUGGCUCUGCUCGGGGGAGGCAGCAUGUCCCGGUACACGGACUGGCUGUAUGGGGGGGUGGACCCCAGCCUGGAGGGCAAUGGGGGUCCGCUCUGCGCCUCCUUCCUGCCCGGCCGCCAGAGGCUGCUAGAGAGCAUCGUGCUGCUGGCCGUGUCCGUGCUGGAGAUCGGGCUGUCCCUGCGGAGGAUCACCCGCUGCCCGCUGCAGGAUGGGGGGCUGCCCGCACCGUGUGCCCGCCCGGAGAGCCUGGGGAAGAACCUGCUGCUGGUAGCGCUCUGCCUGACCUUUGGGGUGGAGGUCGGAUUCAAGUUUGCUACUAGGACUGUCAUCUAUCUGCUGAACCCCUGUCAUGUGGUCACUAUGUUACAGAUAUUUCUUCUGGCUUGUCCACCCUGCAAGCUGUCCACAGUGGUAUUCAGGUUACAAAUGCACAUGUUGAAUGGGGCCCUUCUUGCUCUGCUGUUCCCUGUGCUGAAUACUCGAAUGCUUCCUUUUGAGGUGGAGGUAUACUAUAUUCAGCAUAUUAUGCUAUACGUGGUUCCGAUCUACCUACUGAAGAAAGGAGGGGUAUACACUCCAGAGCCUCUCUCGAACUUCUGGUGGGCAAUGUUGGCAACUGGGCUCAUGUUUUUCUACCACUUCAGCCUGCUCCAGACCCUCGGCCUGUUCACAGAGGUAAACUUGAAUAACAUGCUCUGCCCAGCUGUCUCUGACCCUUUUUAUGGACCCUGGUAUCGUAUUUGGGCCUCAGGACAUCAAACCCUCAUGACAAUGAUCCAUGGGAAACUUAUAGUCUUCCUGUUUACCUCUGGCCUCCCAGGCUGCCGCUUCCUGAUGGAUUUAAUUCCUGUGUCCAGCAAAAAAGUGGACUGAGCAGACACGUCACCUCUGGAGAGGCUUUUUAGCUUAGCCCUUUAAAUGCUUUCAUACCACAUUUUCGUUUGUAUCAAUUUUAAAGACGAACAGUGUUAAUGACUUCCAAUUGGCACAAACAAGUGACCUUACAGUAUGGGCCCGGCUGUCCAAGCUUUCUCUUUUUUUUCUUUCUUUUUAUAAUACUGACCAUACUGAUAGCCAGACUGUUAACAUAUACCAGUCACCUAAAACCUGGAGAAACAGGGAGGCAUUAGUUGGCUCAUGGACUAACUAUGCCAGUAGCAUAGGGAGUUACAAAGCAGCCAGGUAUAUUAAAUCUGGUCAUCUAUAGGAAAACCUAUGAACAGAUUAAUAUUUUUAUUAUUAUUUACAAAUUAUAUAAAAUUACCUUCUUUUCAGUUGACAAGUCCACGUGAAUGACUUGAGCGUUACAGCAAACUCGCAUUUUGCACAGGAUAUAGUACAGAAAUUGGUGUAGGGAGAAAGUCUUCCUUCAUAUUUUUUCCCUUUCUAUCCAGUGGACCCACAGAUUUGUGGUGCUUUUAUUUAUGUGGUGGUGUUUUUUUUUUUUUUUUUUUUAUCUUUAUUUUAUUGUUAUACUAAAAUCGUAAAGUUGCCUGGUUUUACAUAUGGAUAUACGUUUUGAAAGGCUGGGUACUUCCCUGGUGCCUUCUCGUACAUGCUUUUAAAAAUGUACCAACAAAGAAGGAAAUUUUUUUUGUCAGAUGAAAGCACAUUAAUCUCCACUAUAACCUUUCUGCCAGCAUUGUUCGCCAUUGAGUCUGUAAGUGGCCGAUACGCAGUUACAUAUUACAGGUUAUAUUACACUACUUUUGCGGCACCCCCAAUAUAAGUGGUGCUGUACUCAAGUGUAUAAGUUCUGAAGUUUUGCACUCCUUUUCAAUAAAGCCGCUCGUUUGCUUAUUCCCCAAUUAAAACUUGUACAGGGAAAAAAAAUUUUUAAAAAAAAGUUGGCCCUUCAUAGCGAGUCAGUUGGAGAAUUAUUUUUAUGACCUUAAUUUAACAAAAUUUGGUUAAAUUCAUUGUUUAGAGAAUAACCCUUUUAUCUGAGUUUUGAAAGUCAGGCAAGAGUCAUUGGAUUUUCUUGUUUAAUUGCUGAACAGUACAAAUCCAUCUCACAUACAUGUUCUUAUUGUAUUCGUUACGUAGCCACUGCUGCGGAUUCCCCUUUCUAUGCUCCUGAUGGACACUCGAUUAUUUUGUAAUGGCAUAUUACUGCAGUUAUUUUAAUACUAAAAUGCUCUUAAAUUUUCAUGGUGAGGACCAGUAUUUGCGUUCUGUGUAAUCUCACUAUUACAUAGAAUUUCACAGUUAAAUUAGUUUCUUUUCUUUUUUCAUAUCUCCUUGUGCCAACAUGUUCUAGUGUUCUGCCAAACUAUACACAUUAAAUUAUGGGUGCAAGUUCCUCACCAGCAGAAAAUGUCCAAAUUCUUACAUUGCCACCUUACCCGGCUAGGUAAUCUAGAGGUAGAUUUGCCUUCUCAAUAAUUAAUUCUGUUGCUGCAGCUGUUUUUCUAGACUACAAAAUCCUAUAAUCCAGUCAAGGUGGUGUAUAAAGGAACACUGCACACUUAUAAAUAAAUACAUGGAUUUAUUUGUAAUGCCAUAGUGUUGUUUAGUUUCCUGGGCCUCUUGUCGUCCGCCCCACUUUACUCUUAAAUAGAGCGUUGCUUAUAUGUGAUACAAUAAGGUCUCCUCGUAACAACUCUGCUCUACUUUGGUAUACAUUAUUUCCUGAAUAAGAGGGGGUUUACUCUAGCCUGGAAUGUCCCUUUAAUUUUUAGUCACAUGUCUUCCCCAUAUCAGCUAGGUGUUCAGUAUACAAAGUCAUUUGAGGUCUUUGUCUAGGACAUAAUAAACCGUAUUAAGUGCCAUAAAUAAACACUGUUCUCUGACACAUUCCAUGCAUUAGACCAAACCAUUGAUUUGUAGAAGCUGCAAUGGUCUACUCUAGAUGUGUGCAUUAGGGAAGAUUUAUCAAAGUGUCAUUUAAAGAUGUAAAAGGCAAUUGUCACCAGUGGAUUGCGCCUGCUGCUUCCACUGGUUUCCAUGGUGAUUGCACCACGUAAUACCUUGCAUCAUUUUCAAACUAUGAACACUUUGAUAGGUCUCUCCCAUUGUACAUUUGCUGUAGAGAUUUCUCAAUCAAUGGAAUACAUUCAUCUAAUGCGUUCUGAGUUAGCUCAAACAUUCCUUGGAUCCCGUUUCCCUACGCAGUUUGUUGUAUCGCCUGUUGAACACUGAAGAACUCUUGUAUACUACAUUUUGUAAGUACACCUAUAUUGAUGUGUCUGUGUGUUUGUAAAAAGACAUUGGAUACUGAUUUACUGCUCUCUAUCAUAAACUUUUGUAUCAAUA